UCACAGACGUCUCACACACACUCCCACACUUUCUCUCUCUCUGUCUCUGUCUCACACACACACUCAGACACUUCUUUGACUUUCACCUUCAUCAUCACGUUGUUGUUGAAUUCUGCAACUUGAGGAAAAAAAUCUGGAUACACUUUUGCUCCACUGCUGGACCAAGGAGAGUGAAUGGAUCCGAUCGUGGAAGUGGUGGCUUUGGUUUUGGGCUUCGUCGGGUGGGUGAUGGUGGGGGUGACACUGCCGAACCGUUACUGGAGAACCUCCACCGUGGACGGGAACGUCAUCACGACCUCCACCAUCUACGAGAACCUGUGGAUGUCAUGUGCAACAGAUUCCACUGGGGUUCAUAACUGCAGGGAGUUCCCUUCACUGCUUGCUUUAAGUGGUUACAUCCAGGCGUCUCGUGCCUUGAUGAUCACAGCAAUAGUGUUGGGCACCUUUGGACUGGUGGCAGCCCUGAUAGGAGUGCAGUGUUCUAAGGCAGGAGGAGAAAACAAUGUUCUCAAAGGGAGGAUCGCUGGCACUGCUGGAGUCUUAUUCAUACUUCAAGGGUUGUGCACAAUGGUGUCAGUGUCCUGGUACGCCUUCAAUAUCACUCAGGAGUUCUUUGACCCAUUCUAUCCUGGGACAAGGUAUGAACUAGGAGAAGCUCUUUACAUCGGCUGGUGCUCUGCUGUGCUCGCCAUCGCAGGAGGAGCCUGCCUCACCUGCUCCUGCAAAGUGGGAACACAGGAGAAAUACCCUUUGCCUUAUCAAACCAGAGGAACUGUAUAUUCUGGAGCUGCUCCGACCAGAAGCGUGGCUGCCAGCACGUACGGCAGAAAUGCGUACGUUUGAGCAAACGAUUAAAAGCAGAGCUGUGUCCCUCAGGUCCAUGAACACGUCUCCGUGUGCCACGUCUAAAAGCGUUCGUUUUGCGUCCAUGACUGUGUGGAGACGCUGAACGCAACACAGCACCACUGAACUGUAUAUAACCACAUUAUUAAGUGUGAAUUCUGUGAGAACGUUCGCAUCAAAAUGAGACCGCGUUGUUGUAAAAGUUGUACAAAGUCGAGCCACAUAUCCCUGUUUGAAUGCACAACCACACUCGAUGCUUCCGGUGAUUUUAUUUAUGCUCCUGUGAUGAUGUUUGGCGUGAACAUGUUUCCAUAUUGUCACUUGUUUGUUGAAUCACUUUAUUGAUCUGCAUAGACACUUCUAGACAUUCGUAAGGGCAAGGCAAAACGUGUGAUAAUUCAAAUAUUUACAUUUGUAGUUUUAUACUGUUUUAUAUAGUGAGCACCUGUGUUAGAUGGUAGAUGUAAGUUGUUUUGAUUGUGUUUUCUUAUUUUUUUAUUCACGAUUGUGCACAAUAAAA